AUGCCACCUACGAAGCCAGCAACAGGCGCUGGCCGUGGUCGACCGAAAGCCACAGCCAAGAAAGCAGCCAAAGCACCUGAGCCCGAACCCCAAUCAAGCAACCCGUUUGAGCUCUCCGAUGACGAUAACGACCGCGCUGGACCCUCGACACGCGAAGUACAAGUCGUCGAGGAUGAAGAGCCCGACAAAACGAUACCCCCAGAGCUCCUGACGCGGCUUCUCCACGAGUUCUUCGCCAAGGACGCAACACGGAUAUCAAGAGACGCCAACGCUGCGGCGGGCAAGUACUUUGAUGUAUUUGUGAGGGAGGCGAUUGCGCGAGCUGCGGUUGAGAAGGAUGGCGGGUUUCUAGAGGUCGAGGACCUGGAGAAGGUUUCACCUCAGCUGCUACUGGAUCUUUGA